CACAAUUAAGUCUAGAAAAUACCAGACGGCAGGAAAAGUUUUCGAAUUUGAUCGAUAAGAAAUUUAUUUGAAUUUCUCCAAUAUGGACGCCAGAACUAGGCCCAACGAACGUAUUUGCCGUGACGAAGUGGUGCAGCUUCUUAGAAACCCAUCAAAUAAGCCCCGGCGAAUUAUAUUGAUUCUGGAUUCAAGAUUUAUCCCUGAAGAACUGAGGACCGCCAAUCGUGUGAUGCCUGACAUCUACAUAUUUUCCGGACCUUCAUUACCAAAUUUGUCAAGCGGGCCUUUCAUGCCGCUGAAUCUGUCCAAUGAGAACUCGUGGGUUUACUCUGUUCUAUUGCAAAGACCAAUAGUUCGCCCUGCUUAUCCUCGUCGAGUUCGCUACACUGCUGUACCUAAGUGGAGUCCUCUAAUACGUACGCGAAUGGGACGGAACGAGGUUUUGCCGGAGGACAUUGGACGAUUGAUUCUGAUGGCAAUGAUAGUGAACCCAGAAUUAGACACACUAAUGCGCCUCGAUCCCAUCAAAGCCAUGUCCCUGAUCCUACGCAUCGCAAACUACUUUCUCCACUGAGUCGGAAUAGUAACAGAAUAAUACGCAUCGGAAUUGUAAAUUUACUUGUUAUUAUUGUUUUUAUUUUUGGAGGGUGGACAUCUGGAAGGAAGACAUCUCUUCCAAUGUGUUUCCCUAAUAUAAAUGCAACUGAAAGUUUAA